GUCCUCACAGCCUCCUCGCUCAGCUCCGUCUGCCUCUGCCACAGCCUCCUGCUUGGCUUUCUGUCUUGGGCGUCCUCCUCCUGGCUCUCUGCCCCCACUUCUCCUUUCGUUCUCCUCCCCCCAGAGGAGGGGGUGCUGACAGCCUACAACCUGGAACCCAGUAGGGGACGGAGGCGGGGCCAGGGCAGCAAGGGUUAAAGCGCCACCGCGCCGCUCCAGUGAAAGUCCCAGCGGGGUGGGUGGUGGGAGCCUCAGGCCGGUCACCCCCGGAGGGCAAGGCACGGUUUCCUUCCUGGUCAUCCCAAGUGCUUGCUCUCCCUCGCCUGCUGGCUUUGGCCUCAGCUGCCUGAGUCAAAGCCAGGGUGGCUACCAGCCACGGUAAUGUGGUUUCUGCCCUGGCCCCUAGAACACACACACACACACACACAUGCACACACACACACACACACACACACACACACACACGCACACACGCACGCACGCUUUGUCCCUACUGCUACCCCCACCUCCUCCCUCCCUCCCUCCUUCCCUCCCUCCCUCCUUCCCUCCCUCCCUCCUUCCCUCCCUCCCCUCCUUCCUUACUUAGCAACAACUCCCUGAAUUCACAACAAACACGCCUGUAGGCUCCUGGUCUGACUAGGGAAAGCUGGAGAAAGCUGAGGACUGGGAGGAGGCACUUCUAGACUGUCCUCAGGAGGGAAGGGCUUCAAAGUCCCCCACCCUCCCUGCCGGAGGCAACCACCCCUCAGGGACGGGGAGGAGGUGGUCCGGCUUCCAACUCAGGCAAUGAAAAAAGUGUGGGGGGGGGGCAGUGCCAGGUGUGGCUGAGCAGGUGGGGGGGCCGGGCUGGGACUCUGCUAGGGAGUCCCACUUGACCUUUGACCUCCACCUGCGGAGUGGGAGGGGCCGCAGACUCCUCCUGCCUCUGGGCCUCUCGGCAGGAGCCUGUGCUGUUGUCACGGUCCCAGACUCUUAGGGACCAGGAUGGGUGACAACGUAACGGAUGGGGGGUGGGCAGGGCUGGAGUGGCCCAAGAACUUUGCUCUCAGAGCCCCAGUGGGCCAGGCACCUGUGUUGAGGGGGUGGGGAGUGGUGGCCUCUCUUUGAUCUCUUCCCUGGGCAGGAACUGUGGCCUCCAGCUGGGACCUGGUGCACAUCAGGCUUGGAGGGAGUGUGGAAUGAGGGAGUGAGGCACCAUUCUUUCGGCACAGUGCAGAGGGCUGCUACCAGGGUGAACCUGCAUUGGGAAAUGGUUAAGAGCCUGAUUACUGGAGUGUCUGGGUUCAAAUCCUGACUCUUCUAAUUUUGGACUGUGUGCCUUAGGCAAGUUACUCAACUUCCCUGUGCCUCAGUUUUCUUAUCUGUAAAGUGGGGAUAAUGAGAGAACUUUCUUGUAGAGUACUGAAUUAGAGGACUAAAUUAGAGAAUGCACAUGAAGCCUUCAGGACAGCUUGAUGUUACAGAGUAAAUGCUCAAUAAAUAUUAGAGCUCCUCCUCCUUAUUAUUAGUCAUAGCUCUUCACAGGAACUUGUGGUCCUCCCAGGGGCUUUAGCAGGGGAAGAAUGGAUGGGGGUGGGGGAGAGAGAGCCUUUCCAACACUUCAGACUCCUAGAUUCUAAUACCCUUCCAGACCCACCUUCUUGCUGCCUCAGUUUCCCCACUGAGGGGAAACGGACAUCUUAGUUGCACGUUUGCCAAAUAACCAUGGGCCUGGAGAGGGAUCUGAGGACGUAGGGCCCGUCCCCCUCCCCAUCUCCCAGCACUUCCCAGGGCUGAGCCCUCCCUGCCCCAGGAUGUUAGCUCAGGUCAGCUUCAACACCCCUCCCACCAUCCUAUCCCCUGCUGCUCUGUUCCUUCUUCACCAGGCUGAACAGCCAUUAAGAUGCACUGUCCUUAAAUGGCUUGAAUGGCCGCCUCCUCUCUUUCCUGGCCUAAGGGGUCAGGGACCUUCCUUGGAGAGGAGAGGAGCAGUGUGGAGCUGUGACAUGGAGGGCAGCUGUUCGGCCUGCCUUGGGGCCCAGGGUCCACUGGAUUCCCUGUACCCUGCCUGGGCAUUUUCUCUGAGCGUGGCGGGGCAGUGCCCAGGCCUGUGAUAUGUGUAGAAGCCCAGAUGGGCAUGCCUGGCACCUGCUGUACACAGAUGGGCAGGAAGCCCAUCCUGAAGCCCAGCAAGGGUGGGGUCAUGUCCAGCAUCGAGAGGCCCCCCACCCCCCACCGCCCCACCAGAAUCCUUUCCUCUGCUGUGUGGGGGAGUGUGGGCAGCGCUGGGAAGAGUUCUGUUUCAACCCUGUGUGCCCUGGGGGACGCCAGGGGAGGAUGCUGAGUGACUUUGGGUGAGCAAGGCCCCGCAAGGCCCUGGGAUGAGAGUGGGAGGAUGGCGGGGCUAGGGCUUGGGAACUUCUGGGUGCGGAGCCCACAAGGCGGGGAGGAUGGGGCAGCAGGCACGGUGUGCCCACAAGGAGGGAAGCUCUGCAGACAAGUGGUUUGGUCUUCUGGGGAGUGAGUGUCCAGAUCUCCAGAGUGGAUUCAGAUGUGGCAGGGUGCCUGGGAUACCAGGGCUCCUGGGUACCUUCUCUGGCCUGGUACCAAGAGGGGUGGGCUGGAGCCCCUGGCUCUACUCAGCACCUCCUUCUGGUACAGAGGGGACACCCCCCUUCCAUGGGCCUGGGAGUGUGGGCUCAGUGUUGGCCUGGGCCAUGCCUCACUGCUGGGCUGGCCAUGCUGCCUUUGCCCAGCCCCUGGGGCCUGUUCCUUGGGCAGGCUGGGGCUAUUUUUGGGAUCGGGCUGGGGCUCUGGGGCUGGUUUCAGAUGUUCCAAUGUGAACAGGAGAAAAUGGGAACAGAUGGCUGGAGGGUUCCAAUCAGCGGGUCCUGCUGGGAGCAGGUUAUUUUUAGGGCCUUGUUAACCCUUUGGGGACUGUGGAGCCACCCUGAGAGGGACAGCCCUCUCUAGAUGAGAAGAGGACAGGUCUUCUCUCUGGACCUCUGCUUUCAGAACUGCCUGUCCCAGUUGCUCUUCUUUCCCUCUCAGACCCUCCACUCUUUAAAGAGCCCCAUGGCAAGAAAGUAGGCUCCAGCCUCCUUCCAGCCCAGACCCUGCAGGGAGACUGCCAUGGGUAGGAGGGGGAGAGGCGUGGCUGGUGGAGGGGUUGUGGGCCACUGUUGAAAGGAAACUCCCCUUUGCUUUUCUCCUGGGGUUUUGAGACAGCCCUGAGGCUAAGAGAGUGGAUAACUGCUCUCUGGGUUCCUGCUCUGGGUUUGAGUGUCUGUCAAUAAACCCAGCGAUGCCCAGGGGAGUGCUAGCUGAGGGAGCUGGCCUCUGUGAGGACAGAGAAAGAACCAACUUCUUGUACGUGGUACCACUGAGAUGACGCCCAUGGGCCUGGAUCCCUUGGAUCCUCAAGAGCAAAUAUCAGAGGAGGGGUGGGGUCAUGUCAGCAUCCAGAGGACCCCCCAGCAUCCUUUCCUGUGCUACGUGGUCCCUGCUCCAGUCCCGAGUACCUGGCUGGGCCCUGGGCACGCACAGGGGCCGUAGCCCCACUGUGUGUGGGCGCCAUGAGGAUCCUGGCUAACCAGACAAGGUUACCCCACCCCAGGAGGAGAGAAGCUCCAGGGAGCCCGCCGCUGUCCCCCCGCGGCCACUGCCCCCCUGCCCCAGCCAAGCCAAUGCACCCAGAAAAUAAGUUGACCAAUCAUGGCAAGACAGGGAAUGGCGGGGCCCAAUCCCAGCACCAGAAUGUGAACCAAGGACCCACCUGCAACUUGGGCUCGAAGGGCGUGGGGGCGGGGAACCAUGGGGCCAAGGCCAACCAGAUCUCACCUAGCAACUCAAGUCUGAAGAACCCCCAGGCAGGGGUGCCCCCUUUCAGCUCGCUCAAGGGCAAAGUGAAGAGGGAGCGGAGCGUGUCUGUGGAUUCCGGGGAACAGCGAGAGGCUGGGACCCCAUCCCUGGAUUCGGAGGCCAAAGAGGGGGCACCCCGGAGCAAGCGGCGCUGCGUGCUGGAGCGGAAGCAGCCAUACAGCGGGGACGAGUGGUGCUCAGGCCCGGACAGCGAGGAGGACGACAAGCCCCUUGGGGCCACCCACAAUUGUAAUGUAGCAGAUCCAGCCAUGGCGGCCCCACAGCUGGGUCCUGGCCAAGCCACCCAGCUGCCCCUCAGUGAGAGCAGUGCACCAGGCCCCCCGCAUGGGCCCCCACCAGGCCUUCGGCCCGACGCCCCUGGGGGCGGAGGCGGGAGUGUCCCCGGAAAGCCUCCCUCCCAGUUUGUGUAUGUCUUCACCACCCACCUGGCCAACACGGCUGCAGAGGCAGUGCUGCAGGGCCGGGCCGACUCCAUCCUCGCCUACCACCAGCAGAACGUGCCCCGGGCCAAGCUGGACCAGGCCCCCAAAGUGCCACCCACCCCAGAACCACUACCCCUGAGCACACCAUCAGCAGGCACCCCUCAGUCCCAGCCUCCUCCACUGCCGCCACCGCCGCCCCCAGCCCCGGGCAGCGCCCCCCCUGCUCUGCCUUCUGAGGGGCCUCCUGAGGACACCGGUCAGGACCUGACACCCAACUCGGUGGGAGCCGCGAGCACAGGUGGUGGGACUGGGGGUACCCACCCUAACACCCCUACAGCUUCCACUGCCAACAACCCGCUGCCUCCCGGAGGAGACCCCAGCAGUGCCCCCGGCCCUACGCUGCUUGGGGAGGCCCCCACCGGAAACGGGCAGCGGAGCCUGGUGGGCUCGGAGGGCCUGUCCAAGGAGCAGCUGGAACAUCGGGAGCGUUCCCUCCAGACGCUCCGAGACAUUGAGCGGCUGUUGCUCCGCAGCGGGGAGACAGAGCCCUUCCUCAAGGGGCCCCCUGGAGGAGCAGGCGAGGGGGGACCGCCAGCGCAAGCCCCUCCUGCCCCCCAGCAGCCACCCACGGCCCCGCCCAGCGGGCUGAAGAAGUACGAGGAGCCCUUGCAGUCCAUGAUUUCGCAGACACAGAGCCUCGGGGGCCCCCCGCUGGAGCAUGAAGUGCCUGGGCACCCCCCGGGCGGGGACAUGGGACAGCAGAUGAACUUGAUGAUGCAGAGGCUGGGCCAAGACAGCUUGACGCCGGAGCAGGUGGCCUGGCGCAAGCUGCAGGAAGAGUAUUACGAGGAGAAACGGCGCAAGGAGGAGCAGAUCGGACUGCAUGGGGGCCGCCCGCUGCAGGACAUGAUGGGCAUGGGGGGCAUGAUGGUGAGGGGGCCACCGCCUCCUUACCACAGCAAGCCUGGGGAUCAGUGGCCCCCCGGGAUGGGCGCCCAGCUGCGGGGGCCCAUGGAUGUCCAAGAUCCCAUGCAGCUCCGGGGCGGACCUCCCUUCCCUGGCCCCCGUUUCCCAGGCAGCCAGAUGCAACGGGUGCCUGGCUUUGGGGGCAUGCAGGGUAUGCCCAUGGAGGUGCCCAUGAACGCCAUGCAGAGGCCUGUGAGGCCGGGUAUGGGCUGGACCGAAGACUUGCCCCCGAUGGGGGGGCCUGGCAGUUUUGCCCAGAACGCCGUGCCCUACCAAGGCGGGCAGGGUGAAGCCGAGCGAUUUAUGACCCCUCGGGUUCGCGAGGAGCUGCUGCGACACCAGCUGCUGGAGAAGCGGUCGCUGGGCAUGCAGCGCCCCCUGGGCAUGGCCGGCAGUGGCAUAGGGCAGGGCAUGGAGGUGGAGCGGAUGAUGCAGGCGCACCGGCAGAUGGAUCCGGCCAUGUUCCCCGGGCAGAUGGCUGGUGGCGAGGGCCUGGCGGGCACUCCCAUGGGUAUGGAGUUUGGCGGAGGUCGGGGCCUCCUGAGUCCCCCCAUGGCGCAGUCUGGGCUGAGGGAGGUGGACCCACCCAUGGGGCCAGGCAACCUCAACAUGAACAUGAAUGUGAACAUGAACAUGAACAUGAACUUGAAUGUGCAGAUGACCCCACAGCAGCAGAUGCUGAUGUCGCAGAAGAUGCGGGGCCCGGGGGACGUGAUGGGGCCACAGGGCCUGAGCCCUGAGGAGAUGGCGCGCGUGCGGGCCCAGAACAGCAGCGGCAUGAUGGGUGGCCCGCAGAAGAUGCUUCUGCCUUCCCAGUUUCCCAGCCAGGGCCAGCAGGGGUUCUCUGGGGGCCAGGGACCCUACCAAGCCAUGCCCCAGGACAUGGGCAAUACUCAAGACAUGUUCAGCCCCGACCAGAGCUCAAUGCCCAUGGCAAAUGUGGGCACCACCCGGCUCAGCCACAUGCCCCUGCCUCCUGCGUCCAAUCCUCCCGGCUCUGUGCACUCAGCCCCUACCCGGGGGCUGGGCAGACGGCCUUCAGACCUCACCAUCAGUAUUAAUCAGAUGGGCUCACCGGGCAUGGGGCACCUGAAGUCGCCCACCCUCAGCCAGGUACACUCACCCCUGGUCACCUCGCCCUCCGCCAACCUCAAGUCACCCCAGACUCCCUCACAGAUGGUGCCCUUGCCUUCGGCCAACCCGCCAGGACCUCUCAAGUCGCCCCAGGUCCUCAGCUCCUCCCUCAGCGUGCGUUCACCCACCGGCUCGCCCAGCAGGCUCAAGUCUCCCUCCAUGGCGGUGCCUUCUCCAGGCUGGGUCGCCUCGCCCAAGACAGCCAUGCCCAGCCCCGGGGUCCCCCAGAACAAGCAGCCGCCUCUGAACAUAAACUCUUCCACCACCCUGGGCAGCAUGGAACAGGGUGCCCUCCCGCCCAGCGGCCCCCGGAGCAGCUCCUCAGCGCCUCCCGCCAACCCUCCCAGCGGCCUCGUGAACCCCAGCCUGCCAUUCACGUCCUCCCCAGACCCCACGCCUUCCCAGAAUCCCCUGUCACUGAUGAUGUCCCAGAUGUCCAAGUACGCCAUGCCCAGCUCCACCCCGCUCUACCACAAUGCCAUCAAGACCAUCGCCACCUCAGACGACGAGCUGCUGCCCGACCGGCCCCUGCUACCCCCGCCGCCACCACCGCAGGGCUCUGGGCCAGGGAUCAGCAAUAACCAGCCCAACCAGAUGCACCUGAACUCAGCUGCUGCCCAGAGUCCCAUGGCCAUGAACGUGCCAGGCCAGCAGCCCCUGUCCCAUGAGCCCCCACCUACCAUGUUGCCCUCCCCCACUCCUCUGGGCUCCAACAUUCCACUGCACCCCAGUGCACAGGGGACAGGAGGGCCCCCUCAGAACUCGAUGAUGCUGGCUCCAGGGGGCCCAGACUCCCUGAACGCCCCCUGCGGCCCUGUGCCCAGCUCCUCCCAGAUGAUGCCCUUUCCCCCUCGGCUGCCGCAGCCCCACGGCGCCAUGGCCCCCAGCGGGGGCGGGGGACCCGGCCUGCAGCAGCACUACCCUUCGGGCAUGCCCCUGCCCCCAGAGGACCUGCCCAGCCAGCCGCCAGGCCCCAUGCCCCCCCAGCAGCACCUGAUGGGCAAAGGCAUGGCCGGGCGCAUGGGCGACGCAUACCCGCCGGGCGUGCUUCCUGGGGUGGCGUCCGUGCUGAACGACCCUGAGCUGAGCGAGGUGAUCCGGCCCACCCCGACGGGGAUCCCCGAGUUCGACUUGUCCAGGAUCAUCCCCUCGGAGAAGCCAAGCAGCACCCUCCAGUACUUCCCCAAGAGUGAGAGCCAGCCCCCCAAGGCCCAGCCCCCCAACCUGCACCUCAUGAACCUGCAGAACAUGAUGGCGGAGCAGACCCCCUCCCGGCCCCCCAACCUCCCGGGCCAGCAGGGCGUCCCGCGGGGGCUCAGCAUGUCCCUGUGCCACCCCGGACAGAUGUCCUUGCUGGGCAGGACAGGUGUGCCCCCCCAGCAGGGCAUGGUGCCCCAUGGCCUGCACCAGGGGGUCAUGUCUCCCGCGCAAGGCCUCAUGACCCAGCAGAAUUUCAUGCUGAUGAAGCAGCGGGGCGUGGGGGGGGAGGUGUACAGCCAGCCCCCCCACAUGCUCUCCCCCCAGGGCUCCCUCGUGGGCCCCCCGCCCCAGCAGAACCUCAUGGUGUCCCACCCCCUGCGGCAGCGCAGUGUGUCUCUGGACAGCCAGAUGGGCUACCUCCCAGCGCCGGGCGGCAUGGCCAACCUGCCCUUCUAGCGGUCCCCGUGGGGGGCUUGGAGCUGGGGUGACACUGCAAAUACGAUAACCUUAAAAAAGUGUCUUCCCCUCCAGUGUUGGGAUGGCCUGGAUCAAGGGGUGGGGUGGAGGGGGUGGGAGGGGGCUUGUGUGGGGAGUGGCAUGUGUGGAAACCGGAUGUGCUGGCAGCUUAGGGGGAGGUGGCAGAGUGGGGUGGGGGAUGUGGGAUGGGGGUUGGUUCCACGUUGGCCGCCAGGGCUGCUCCUCCCCGCCCCCCCCCCCCCAAGUCCUCUGGAGCCUCCAUCUUCCCUCUUUCUCUGCACCCACCCUCUUCAGCUUGGCUUUCAGAGUCCUGUGUCAAAUCCUUGGCAGGGAGCAUCCUUGGCGGGGAGCUGAAGGAGAGGAGAGGUCUUCCUCCCUCUCCCUCCCCUUUCCGCCACCGUCUCCUCCUGGAGCUUCGCUUUCUUCCUCUUGGUUUCUGGCCCCCCCCCCUUUUUUCCUUCUGUCUUCUCCUGCCUCCGUUCCUCUCCCUGCUGACGUGGCUGAUCCCCUCUCCCACCCCAACCUGCAGGCGGCUGGCCAGGGGGGCAGGCGCCAGCCGUAGCUGUAAAUAGAGCGCUGCGCUUUUGUGCCGGUUUGUGUGUGUGCUGUAUUUCUGUGUUUUGAUAGAAGUCACACAAAAAAAGGAUAAAAGUCACCCUUUCCCCUCCUUCAGAUGGUUGCCCCUUCCAUUCCUCUGGACCCAGGGGCACGCAGUCUGACACACCUACACACUGUGGCAGUGUCUCUGGGUCCAUAAAGGAUACCAUUCCGGUCCCCUCCCCCAAUGGUGAAAUGACAUAGCUACCCCCGCAGCUAAACUGAGGUCAGACCACCUAGGCUUCCACCUGGUGAGCCCCAGCAGGGCUGAGACCCCCAGGGCAGCAGCCUGUCCGCUGCUGAGUGAUUCAGGAGAACGCGUGCACGUGCGGGUGUGCUUGCCCCACACAGGUGACACAGGGCCCUGGCUUCCCAGCUGUGGAUGUCUGGUGUCCCCUGCUGCUACAUCUUAGCCAGAACUUGAAGUCCUUGGUCCCCAGUUUGGGAUGAAGGAAAGGAGGACGAGGCGGAGGCUGCGUGGUCCCCUCGUGUGGAGCCGUGGAGGAGCGCAAGGGGGCCUGGGUGGUCCUGUGCCUGCUGUGGUGGCUCUGGGCCAGGUAGCCCCGAGGGCCCUGCCUCUCCCGGAGGCUGCUGCCUACUUCUUAUCACCACAGGAGGCAAGAAGAGGGUUUGGCCGAGUCAGUCUGUCUCCCUCCAGCCUCCACCCGCUGAGGAUGGAAUAGAGAAGGAGUUGGAUGCAGAGCAGAAGAGGGUCUUCCCGCUUCUCUCUGCCUGCCUGAUUACUGGCAGGGUCCCUCUGCCCAGAGCUCAGGGCUCUGUGCCCACCCAGGCGCAGCCACUGCCUUCCCCCUCAGCCCCGGCUCUUUCCCAGUAGAGCUCCCCACCCGCGUCUGGUCAGAGUUGAAGCCAUACACGAUUGGGUGUUUUGCCCCCUCGGCCCCAGGAGUAAAACACUUCUCCUUUUCUCACUUCCUUUCCUACCUUGUGAGGUGGCAGGGCAGUUCCCUGGCUGAGACGCCUUUCGCACCCCGCCUCCAGGGCCAUUUCUGGACAAGGUGUCUUCUGCCGUGGCCCCGUCCCCAGCCUUCCUGACCUGUGGGCCUGGUCUCCCAUUGGCAGCUGUGAUACAAAGGGAAUUUGUCCCCACUUCUCCCAGUCUGGUGCUGUCCUCAGCCCCUGUCAGCCAGGUCAAGCGCUUCCUCUGGGGCUGGCUGCGGGCUCCAGCCUCCCCCAGCCCCUCCCAGGGGCCAGGGCCUGGUCCCCUGUGUUCAGGGGCCACCUGCCCUCAGCCCCGCCAGACAUGUUCCUGCCCUGUCUCAACCUGGGCCCCGUGCCCUUGAGCCCCCCACCCGUGACCCAAGACUCCCCACGCCGACUCUUAAGUGUUUCCUGCCCAGAGGAGAGACGGGUCAGACUGAAAAGGGCCCGAUGCCCUCCCCCUCUCCCUCUCCUCCCACCUCUGCCACCAGACUAGCUUUCCAAGGUGAACUCCACAGGCCAGCUAAUUCCCUCCAUCCAUGGCCACACCCCCAGCCAUUUUGUACCAUUAUAUAAAUAUAUAAAUAUAAAUAUAAAUAUAUAAAUACAAUAUGUGAAGACAUCUUCUUGGUUUUUAUUUUGAAACAAUUUUUAGGCUUGUUCGGGGGUCUCUGUGCUGCCUGUACUGUAUUGACCUGUUUUAUAGGUGCCUUUUUAUUAAAAAGAGAAAAUUAAAAAUCCA